UUCCUGUCAUCCAGCACAGCAGAGAAUAAGGUCAAGAUGGAAGACCUUUCUAUGGCAAACACCAUCUUUGCCCUCAACUUCUUUGAGCAUCUGGCAAAUACAAGUUCCAACCAGAAUAUCUUCUUUUCUCCAUGGAGCAUCUCAUCCACCCUGGCCAUGAUCUACCUGGGUGCCAGGGGUGACACUGCAGACCAGAUGGCCAAGGUGCUACAGUUCAGCAGGGUUGGAGUCCGUGAGGCCAUCCCAAAGCCUCCCCAAAACAUCACUAGCUGUAAAUUCAUGCAGCAGAUCAAGAAGGGCGAUUAUCCUGAUUCUGUUUUGCAGGCUCAGGUUGCAAAUGAAAUCCACUCAUCAUUCCGUUCUCUCAGUUCUGCUAUCAAUCCAUCCACCGGGGAAUACUUGUUGGAAAGCACCAAUCAGCUUUUUGGAGAGAAGUCUGAGAGAUUCAGGAAAGAAUACUUGCAGCUCUCUAAGAAAUAUUACUCUGCAGACAUCCAGGCAGUUGACUUCCUAAAAUGUUCAGAAGAAGCCAGAAAAAAAAUUAAUUCUUGGGUCAAGACUCAAACAAAAGGCAAAAUUCCCAACUUACUGCCUGAAGGUUCUGUUGAUGAAGAUACCAAGAUGGUUCUCGUGAAUACUAUUUACUUCAAGGGAAAGUGGAGAACUCCAUUUCAGAAGAAGCUGAUCGGGCUUCCUUUCCAUAUCACCUCGACUCAGAGCAAACCUGUGCAGAUGAUGUACUUGCGUGAGAAGCUGAACAUUGGCUACAUAAGAGACCUAAAGACCCAGAUUCUAGAACUCCCUUAUGCUGGAGAUGUCAGCAUGUUUCUCUUGCUACCGGAUAAAACAGGAGAGUCACCUACUGGCCUGGAGAAGUUGGAAAGUGAAAUAACUUUCGACAAAUUCAACAAGUGGACCAGCAAAAGCACAAUGGAAGAAGAUGAUGUUGAGGUGUACGUCCCUAAGUUCCGACUGGAAGAGAGUUAUGAACUCAAACCCAUUCUGAGGAGCCUGGGCAUGAAGGAUGCCUUUACCAAGGGCCAGGCCAAUUUCUCAGGGAUGUCAGAAGGAUAUGAGCUAUAUCUGUCUGAAGUGUUCCACAAAGCCAUCGUGGAUGUUAACGAGGAGGGCACUGAAGCAGCUGGUGGCACUGGUGGAGUUAUGACAGGAAGAACAGGCCAUGGAGGACCACAGUUUGUGGCAGACCACCCUUUCCUCUUCGUUAUCAUGCACAAGACAACCAAGAGCAUCCUCUUUUGGGGUAGAUUUGCCUCACCCUAGAGUGGAAAGGCCUGUUUUUGCAUAAAGUUUCUAGUCCAAGUUAUAAGCUUCAGUCAUGAUAGGCCAAAUAUUUGUCGGUAUUUUCUACAAAUUUCUGUUUGUUUUUUUCUGAACAACUUUUGUUUCAAACUAAUAUAAAUAUAGAUAUAGGUAGGUAGUUGUCACUGUUGCAUUAAGACUAUUAAUUAUAUGAUCCCCCAAUAAUACUAUGACCAAUUUAGUUUUUCUAUAUUACUAGUUUGUCUUAUUGGAUACACUUUUACUGCUUUAUUUAUUAUUUUAUAUAAUAUUUAACUCUUUCUUUGCUGUAUUUUAAUGUAACUAUAAAAGUUGUAGAAUCAAGAGAUUAUUAUUUUUCUAUCUAUAGAGAUGCAUUUACUUAUUCUAAUAAUGAAAGAUGAGGUUUCUUUCCAGGCCUUUGAUAAUAAACACCUAGAAGAAAACAUUGAGCAACAGGCAUAUAUAUAUAUGUAUAUAUAUGUAGUACAUAUAAUAAGUACAUUU